CAGAGAGGAGCCCAAGAUUUAGCAGUGGGAGAGGAAUGUGGGGGCAGCAGGCUGAGUCUGGUGGGGGGGACAGAGGGAUGUCAUGUGUCUAAUCCAGUCCCAGGCGGGGUCGGGGAGAGGGAGGAUCGCGGCUGAGAAGAUUCCGGUUCCGCCUCCGACCCUCCCCUCAGUGCAGCGCUGCGCCUCUCCCAGUCAUGGCAACGUCCCCCCAAAAAUCUCCUUCCAGCCCGAAAUCCCCCACUCCCAAGUCUCCCCCUUCUAGGAAGAAAGAUGAUUCGUUCCUGGGCAAGCUGGGGGGCACCCUGGCACGGAGAAAGAAAGCCAAGGAGGUAUCCGAGCUCCAGGAGGAAGGGAUCAAUGCUAUUAACUUGCCGCUCAACCCCAUUCCCUUUGAGCUGGACCCCGAGGACACGAUGCUUGAGGAAAAUGAAGUCCGAACGAUGAUCGACCCAUUCUCAAGGAGUGAUGCGAGACUGCAAGAGCUGAUGAAGGUUCUGAUCGAUUGGAUCAAUGAUGUGCUGGUUGGAGAGAGAAUCAUUGUCAAGGAUCUAGCGGAGGAUAUGUACGAUGGGCAAGUUCUGCAGAAGCUUUUCGAGAAACUGGAAGGGGAGAAACUAAAUGUCGCCGAAGUCACACAGUCGGAAAUCGCUCAGAAGCAGAAGCUGCAGACGGUGCUGGAGAAAAUCAACGAAACGCUCAAGCUGCCCCCGAGGAGCGUCAAGUGGAACGUGGACUCAAUUCAUGCAAAAUCUGUAGUAGCCAUCCUUCAUCUUCUGGUUGCCCUGUCGCAGUAUUUCCGGGCCCCCAUCCGACUACCAGAUCAUGUAUCAAUUCAGGUCGUCGUCGUCCAGAAGUUGGACGGAAUGUUGCAGUCUCGGCACAUCCAGGAGGAAAUCACCGGUGACACAGAGGCGCUGUCAGGAAGGCACGAGAGAGAUGCGUUUGACACCCUGUUCGACCACGCUCCAGACAAACUUAAUGUGGUGAAAAAGACUCUCAUCACGUUUGUCAACAAACACCUCAAUAAACUGAACCUGGAAGUAACAGAACUGGAAACCCAGUUUGCAGAUGGAGUGUACCUGGUGCUUCUGAUGGGUCUCCUGGAAGGAUAUUUUGUGCCUCUGUUCAACUUCUUCUUGACGCCAGAGAGCUUUGAACAAAAGGUUCUGAAUGUGACAUUUGCUUUUGAACUCAUGCAAGACGGAGGCCUGGAGAAGCCCAAACCGCGGCCAGAAGAUAUUGUCAACUGUGACCUGAAAUCCACUCUGAGGGUCCUCUACAAUCUGUUCACCAAGUACAGAAGCGUGGAGUGACGGAGAGCCGCGAGGGAAGGAGAAGCCUAACAUUUCAUCCGAUUUUUUUUAAAUUAAUUUUUUACACCAGUUUAAAGGGAACACAAUACUUCUUGAUUUAUUUUCUACAAAGACACUGUUUUUAUUUUAAAUGCUAACGUUUCUUAAAGGGACCUCUGGGUAUAAGGUCCGUAUAAAAGACACAACCAUUGGCUGACAGUGCUCUGGGCGACUGUAUGGACGUAUGAAGGUCAGUUUGCAAAAUCGUUUAGGGAACAGUAACAGCCUCUUAUGUAUGAGCUGCAAUCAAAUGCUCUAAUACAGGGGUUUAUAAGCUGUAGCUGUUGCUUUAAGGGUUACAGCACAUUUGCCCUUGUGCCUAAAAAUUAACACUUCUCUUCCUGUGUAGGUGGCAAGUCUGUUGGCUGAGUUAACCCAUGGGGAACAGACUCAGUUAAGUGAGGGUUAAAGCUUGCCACUCAUUGGUUAAUCCCUGCACAAUCUGAUCAGUUGCAUAUUUUGGGGUCCCAUUGCCGUCCCUGUAAGUAAUCUGGCCUCCAUUUCCCUGGUGCUUAACCCCCCAAACUUGCAGCUGCCUGUGCUGAUGGGUUCUGGGAAAAAGAAUCUCACUAUGCACAUGGGGGGUCCUUACUGAUCCCCCUCUGUUUGUGGGGCGCUGUUUGUUGUUGCGGAGCUGGUUAUGGCACUAAAUCUUCAUGUUUAGAACAAACAGGGAUCUUACAAUACUUCAACAAAAACAAUAGGAUCGGAGGGCCCUGCUCACAAGAGCUUACAAUCUAACCUAUCUAAAGGCUCAAUUAAAUCAAUAACAGGCAGGACUGGGAAUCCAAAAGAACCAAUCAGGGGUUUGAAAAGAGUAGACCUGUAAAUGCCUCCUGCUGAUUGGUUGCCAUGGGUUACUAGACCUCACAGGGGGGCUUAUUCCAUUUUAUAUUGUCACUUGUGUCCCUCGGGGUGCUUCUUUCAGCCUCUCACGGUACAAUAUUUGUUUACAGGAUUUUCACAAGCUUUUUUCAGCUGACGCUAUGAUUUUUUAUAGGGUCAUAUCUCUCUAUAGGGCGACAAAUCUCCUCUUCUUCGGGGUGACUAAUCUCCCCAAACUGCCUCCCGCCGGCUAGAAUGUAAAUCGCCAGUGGUAUGGCAAUCGGAUCGCUUGGAAUUUUAGCUGGUGGGAGGCAGUUCCGGGAGAUUAGUCACCCGAAGACUAAUCUCCCUGAAUCUGAGUGUGUGUCCUGAACGUAAUACUGUCUCUGUAUCCCAUAGGUUAUUAGUGCCCCCCUAAAACAGAGGGUCGGACUGGGCCAGUGGGACACCGGGAAAAAACCUGGUGGGCCCCUGGCUCUUGUGGGCCCCGCCGGCAGGGAGCAAGAGCUUAUCACAGUCAUCUUUCAAUCUGUCUGUCCAUGUGUUCACAUUAAAAAACAACAGGGAGGCUAGACUCACAUGGUCCUGAAUAAGGACAGGACUUGGCCGGACUUGUUGGGGUAUUUACAUGUUUGGGAGUGGCUGGGGUGAACAGAGCCAAUGGUACUCCAGCUUUUAGGGGACUACAGCUCCCAGCAUUCCCUGUUGUUAAUCUGUGCAACAAACCACAUUAGCCUUUGUAUAGGGUGCUGUAUUUAUACCUGUACCCCAUCCCCCUAAAUUUUCCAGCCCUGGCACUAUUCAUUGCACCCUUCUUUUGUGCCUGAACUCAUGUGUUUGUCCCAGUGCCCCCCAAUACAUUUCCAUUAAGCUGUCUGUAUUUAACACUUCCUAUAGGAUUUAUUUUAUUAUGCACUAAUUAAUUACAGUUGUAUCCUGUUGAAUUCCGUAUUUAUUAUUACAGCCCAUAUUUAGCACGAAAAGUAUAAGAAUUUAGUCACAACUUGUCUUAAUUUGCUUUUCUUGUUAAUUCGCUAAACCAGUGCGGUCCAACUGCUGUGAUCCCGAGGGUCGGAAUUUUUCUGGCCUACUUGGUGUAGGACUGAUAAUGGAAACCAGUGUUGACCACACCCUGUUUUUUAAAC